AAAGUGAAGAAAUCAACCAUGGUAUGCCCAGCUAAGGAGACCCCAAAAGGUCAUUUUUGGCUCUCAAAGCUAGACAUGAUGGUACGUAGUCCUUACACACAUACUAAAGUUCUCUUUCUCUAUUCCCCGCCUACAUCAUCUUCAAAUUGUUUUGACCCCAACAUUAUGAAGGAGGCUCUUGGCAGAGCCUUAGUUCCAUUCUAUCCGAUGGCAGGAAGAUUAAUAUUUAACGAAGAAAAUAGCCGAUAUGAGAUUGAUUGCAAUGCGAAAGGGGCCUUAUUUAUCGAGGCGGAAUCAACGCACGCACUUGCCGAUUUUGGAGAGUAUUGGAGGCCAGAUUCUCAACUCAAGGAGGUGGUGUUCCCCGUAUGUGACUACACAGGGGGGCUCUCAUCGUUCCCUCUUCUAUUGGUGCAACUCACCCGCUUCAGCUGCGGGAAUGUAUGCCUUGGCUAUGCACAACACCAUCAUGUAGGAGAUGGAGCUUCCCAAUUACACUUUAACAACUCGUGGGCAAGACUAGCCAAGGGGCUUGACCUUAGUGUACACCCUAUUCAUGAUAGAGCUACUUACCUUGCUCCUCGAGUCCCACCCCAAGUUAAGUUCCGUCACUUGGAGUAUGAGCCAUCCUUGCCAUCCUUGAUCCCCAAAGGCUUAUCAGGCGAGAUACUGACGGCAACAGAGUGUGUCUUCAAGCUCACUAAAUUUCAAAUUAAUGCCAUAAAACAACAAGCAGCAUCUCAAGAAGUGACAAAUUACAAGUUAAGUACAUUUGAGGUGCAAGCUGGGCAUGUGUGGCGCAGUGUAUGCAUGGCACGUGGAUUACCAGAUGAUCAAGAUGUCAAACUAUACAUACCAGUUGAAGGACGGUCAAGAUUAAAGGAUAUGGUAGUGCCGCAAGGUUACUGUGGCAACGUCCUCUUUUUUGCAAGUUGUGUAGAAAAGGCAGGAGAUGUCGCGUACAAACCACUCUGGUAUGCUGCUAGUAAGAUUCACGAGGCCAUUAAAAAGAUGGAUGAUGUAGAGUACUUGAGAUCAGCCAUUGAUUUUGUGGAAUCACACCCAGAUUUAACAUCUAUUGUUCGUGGGCCCCAAACUUCUAUAUGUCCAAACCUAACAAUUAAUUCUUGGGCUAGAUUGCCUUGCUAUGAAGCAGAUUUUGGAUGGGGUCGGCCUAAUUUUAUCGGCAUUACUGGAAUCAGAUAUGAUGGCCAGGCAUAUAUUAAACCAAGCUCAAGUGGGGAUGGUAGUUUUUCUGUGGCUAUCAAGCUUUUCACCCCUCAUAUGGAGCUUUUCAAAAAGUACUUGUACAACUUCUAG